CGGCCCCGUGCGGCAGCAGUGAGCGAAACACGACACCCGGGAGAGAGAGAGAAAUGGGGGAGGAGACAACGAGUAGUUUCAGACUAGGGAGAGUGGGGAAUGAAAAAAAGUCGGUGUGAAAGAGAGAAUGGGAAACUGACUGAUAUACUGCGAAUGGCGAACCUCGGGAGACCAGAUGACAAACUAACACAAGGAUAAAAUGUUGCGAAAAUGAUCCGCUUGCCGUAAGAGAGCGCAUAUGUAACGCAGAGUGUGCCGCUUUUCCGCCGUGUUUGGGAUUGUACCGAUCGUUCCCGGGACAGACAGGAAAGCGGUGUUUCGGAACUCAGUUGCACCCCGUCCCGUAGCGCUCGUGGAAGUACCGAACCACUCAAACUCAGAGGCUGUCGGGGGAUCUGGAGUGAUCGCGUAAAGAGGGCAGACGAUCCACUUGGUGUUCGUGCGGCAGGGAGCAACAGGAGCGCUGAACAUUUGACAAAAGUUUGGCCUUUUGGAGACGGGGGUAAGGGAGAGGCCGAGUCUCGCCACUGUUGAACUGACAACUUAACCCAGCUUGCUGAGAUAACUUUCAACAUGAAAACCCCGGGGGACUCGGAAGAAGCUUUUUUCUACCUGGAAGAGGGAGAAAAACAGAGAAAGAGUCUGUAAAGGGGACUUGGACAGGUGGAGAGACUCACAAGGGGACUUAAGAGAAGAGAGACCAGUCAUUGGGACACAAAAGAGAGAGACAGGGUACAAGGACAACGAGAAAGAGACUGGUGACUGGGACAGAAAUGGCCAGGACUGGAACAGAAGAAGAUAUGGGGUCCUGGGACAGAAAGAGAAAGACAGAUGGGAGACUGGGAGAGGUAGAGAGAUAUAUCGGGGACUGGGACAGAAAGGCAUAGAGACCUGGAAAGAAGGCAGGUAACUGGCUAAAGAAUGACAUGACGAUUGAGUCGGAUGGGGAGAGAGACAGAUAGCCAUCAAGAGUGAAAGACAAACAACAGAAUGAGAGGAAGAUGGAUGGCUGUGGGUUUGCGUUCCCAGACUGGGCCUAUAAGCCUGAGUCCAGUCCCGGCUCCAGACAGAUCCAGCUGUGGCACUUUAUCCUGGAGCUGCUGAGGAAGGAGGAGUAUCACGAUGUGAUCGCCUGGCAGGGAGACUAUGGGGAGUUUGUGAUCAAAGACCCUGAUGAGGUGGCCAGGCUGUGGGGCGCCCGCAAGUGUAAACCUCAGAUGAACUACGACAAACUCAGCAGAGCCCUCAGGUAUUACUACAACAAGAGGAUUCUGCAUAAAACUAAAGGAAAACGCUUCACUUACAAGUUCAACUUCAACAAGUUGGUUUUGGUCAACUAUCCUUUCAUUGACAUGGGGUCUGGAGGAGCGUCUGUUCCCCAAAGUGCUCCGCCAGUGCCUACAGGUCCCCAUUUCCGUUUCCCUCCAUCUACUCCGUCAGACAUGCAGGUGUCAGAUGUGCUGCGGUCUCCCAGCAGCGAAGAGCUGCGCAGUCCCGGCAUCUUCGGCACGUCCCGCCGCAUGGGCCGCGGGUCCGUCUCCGACUGCAGUGACGGUACGUCCGUCAACUCUGAAAUUGAAGAGGGGAACGGAGGAGCCCCAGAAGAGAGAGUGACGGAAAGAGUGGCCGAGCGAGGAGGAGGGGGUUUCCGCGGUGCGGUGCAUCCGCGUCUGUCUCACGAAGCUAUGUUCAGGAUGUACGGCGGACACGGGGGUCACCGAGGUCACCGGCUUUCAGAGGUCACCGGGCACAGGGUUCAUCCUGAGCCUCUCUCGCCCUUUACCGUUUCGCCUCUACCCGGUCCAGGAGGGUCAGGCCUGUUGGCGCCUCCUCUUUCGCCUGCGCUCUCCAUGACCUCUGGCUCUCACCUGCCCUACUCCCCCUCCCCAAACCUGUCACCCAUGCCUGGCUCCAUCUUUUCCUUCAACCCAGAAGACAUGCAGCGCUACCUGCAGGCUCACAACCAGAGCGUCUACAAUUACCACCUGAGCCCUCGUGCCUUUUUCCAUUACCCGAACAUCAUCGUUCCUCAUCCUCAACGGGCAGACAAAGGCAUCCCCGGACCCCAUGGCUGCGACCGCGGCCCCGCCGAGAGGCCUACAGUGCUCAACAGCCAUCACUCCAGCCUCCCCCCACCGCACGCUCCCUCCAUUCACCACCACCUGGGGGAGGACCAGCACCUAAAGUUUAAACUACAGCCUCCACCGCUGGGCCGAAAGCAACGUGAUGGUCAGGGCAGGCAGGGGUCACUGUCCUCCACGUCUACGUCUGGUUUGGGAUCCUCCUUGUCGUUUGGCAGUGACCUUAGCUCAGCCAGCGGAUCGGGAUUAGUGUCCAACUCCUCUUCAACCGGCUCGCUAAACAGCGCAGGGCUGCCCAAAAUUAAGGUUGAGCCCAUAUCUGACAUUGAAUCAGAGGAGGAGGUUGAAGUGACUGACAUAAGUGAUGAUGAGCCUGAUGAAAGAGACGAAGAGUUUGACGUUUUCCCUCCUCGCUUUCAUAAACAUCAUCAUCAUCACCACCACCACAAUCAUCAUCCUCAAAGCCAAAAGCACCAACAGCCCAACGGCAUUGACGCCCACCCAGAUGAUGACUUAGAGGAGGAGGUGUUCAAAACCCCUGCCCCUCCACCCUUUUUCAUCCCUCCCGCCUCUUUCUCAGGUGACGGUCGGCGCAGCAACACCAUCGUGAAGAGCGAGCCGGUAGAACCCGCAGACACUCAGCCAGGGUCCGGCGCGCUCCCGCAAACGCCAUCCCAGUGUAUCCCGCUGAAGCUCAGGUUCAAACGGCGCUGGGACCAGGACCAGCACAUGGAGGAGGCAGAGGACAAGAAAGUGAGAGGAGAAGAGCGGAGGAACGGAGAGGCGGAGGAGAGCGGGAGUGGAAGUGGAGAGGCAGAGAGCCCUCCUCCUCUCGCUCACCACCGGGUCAGCGCUGAGCUCCACCGCGCCACCGCGCAGCUGUCACUGGAAAACAAGGACUGCUGAUACGCAACGACUGUCAAUGCACAACACUGCUGAUGGACUCUUUGCGUGAAACUUUGUAGAUCAAGGACUGCUGAUACUGACAAAUGGCUUUCUGGACAAUGAUACUGACACACACAUCUGCUAUAGCAUAGCUACACUGACCCCUGCUUAAACCCUGUUCCUCCCUGUGUCACUCGAAUUUAGCCCAGGGUCUUGCCAGCACACGUACAUACAGUGCAUCUCAGUAUAACAAUGAUGUGGAAUGAAUUCACCCAUGUGCCCCAGUGACCCUCAGGAGUCAUGAACUUUAACUUUUGGCACUAAAGAAAAUUUUAUAUUUUUAAAAGAGAAUUUUAUUUUGCAAAGUGCCUGUGAGCCUAUCCCUCAAAAUCAAAGAAAGAGAGAAAGAGAGAGAGUGCAAGGAAGACUAGCUUAACUAGAAUGGUUUAAGGGGUUUGAUCUUAAUUUUUCAGCUGCCCAGCAUUAUUUUCCUCAGUGACAUGAUCAUGUCGUAUACAAAUGCACAGAAGUCACAAACUUUCUCUCGCAAACAGAAAGACACUGUUUUAAAACCAGCCUGGUCAAAAGUCAGAACCCUCAGGGACAAAUCCCCAACACACACUUGCACGCACACACACACAUACAAAUAUAAUCCCUUCCUUGUUCCCUGUAUGAAGCCUGAACAGAUUGUUGAAACUGUAUGUCACAACUGAGCAUUUGUGCAGAAAACGUGUGUCCGAGUGUGAAUGCAUGUGUCUAGCUGUGUUGUAAGUUCUCAGGAUCUGUCCAUCCUCCGUUUUAUCCAAACCAGCUCACAUUUAAUUGUUUUACUGAAGUCAUGUGCUCUUCUUCUCUGGGACCAUACCUGAAUUUCAUUGCCGUGAUGCAAAAAACACCGUUCAGAGACUACACUUUUAAAUCUCUUAAAUUUUCUUAGACGUUGAAUCAGCUGAGGUGUCAGUCCUUAACCAGCAUUACACACAUAACGCAUGUACAGUGAUACUAUAAAUUAACUGUUGAUGCAUUUAAGAAUCUUGCUUGUACCCUUUCUCAUCUUGGUUUAUCAUCCAGUCUUUUAGUCAAUAGCAGAUCUGACUCAGGACCACUAUGAGAUCUUAUUGCAAGCUGGGGAAAUAAAAAUCAGUGGUUCAAUACAUAACUUAAAGAUCUUAAAAGUCACUCCUUUACACACGUACACACAUACACACUGCCUUCUAUGCCUUGUUAUAUUAGCAUGUCAGAAAAGAUUAAGUAAAAAUAACUUUAAAAGACCAGUAUACACUUAACCUUUAUAUAUAAUAUGUGUUAAUCAUACUGUAAACAGGACUUGCAUUAACAGAUGUAUCAAUUUCAGAGCGUUUUGGUUUGGAGGGGAAAGUUGACUCCUCUCCUCAGGGAUGUUUUUUUGGGUGAGGGAAAAAAAUUUUGCUUUUUAACUAUUUAAAAAUUGUAGGGUAGAAGAGCGAAAGGCAGAAUUAGACAAAACUUUUAACAAAGCUGGAGAAUUCGCACCACAGAUUCUGCGGCACAUUGGGUUCUUAACCAGCAUGCACUUCCCCGACAUCCUGUUCUUACUGCCACAACUGAUGUCUGUGUGCUCGUGUGUGUAUAUAUGUGUGUGUGAUCGAGUGAGAGAGAUUUUGACAGGCUGUAUGUCAGUCCACAUCCAAGAGGUAUUUGCUUCAUGAACCUCAUCAAUCUGUGUGCACUAAAGCCUCAUGGAGGACUGACCACAGGAAUGAAAGCAAAGUGACAUCAAGUGAGGUGCAAUGGUUUCCCAGUGACAGGAAAAGUUAUCUCAGUGUCUCGGAUAGCUAUAAUGAUACAUUUGACAGAAUCGGACUGUUAAUGUUAACCGAAUGUCAACCUUCUCCUUUCUAGCUGCCUUACUCCCUCUUCAACCAGAUUUGAUUAUGUUAAAAGAUCCCCUCCUACUUUCUAAUGAAUUAUUGGACAUUUUUGGUCUUUACCCAUGGUGCACUUGUUUUGACGCCCUGGUAUACCUCUUUAUGUUAGGGGUGGUGUUUAAUUUGAGAUGGGUGCAGCAGCCCAUUCAUUUAGGGUGCUGUGACAGGUUAUCCCAGGAUGUUACUCUUUUAAACCAACAUCAUGUCGUUUGUUUUUUCCACUCAAGUUGCUCCAGUUUUGUUUUUUGUCGUUGCUGUUAAUCAUAAUUAUUAUUAGUUGUUAUUAUUUUUGUUCAAAUUUGUUUUUGCUCACAUUGUUGUCAUGAUAACAUUGUAUACAUUACUGUAAAAGAAUAUUUCCCUCCACCCAUGCCUUCCCACUGAGCAACAGUGUGUCUAGUGUAACAUUUAAAAUAUGUAAAUUAACGUAAAACUGUGUCUUUAAUAUGGACGGAGAUACGGACAGAUACCAGAUGGAGGAAGGGCAUUCUGGGGAGGAUCGGGCGUAUAAUUUGAACUCGAGUCAUGUCAUGUAAUUGUUAUUUUGUAGUGUUACUUAUUUCUUGCUCUUGUAAAUUUUUUUCAUUGGGGGAUUGUAUGAUUUAAAAAAAAGAUAUAUUGUGUAUUGUUUUAUUGUGUAUCUUUCUCACUUUCUAUCUCAGAUUUUAUUUCUGUGGUUCCAUAACUCAUAAUAACAGGUUUUAAUACCAUGAUGUAACAUUUUAAUUCCUCCUUUAUUCAUUUUUGUGUUCUUUCAGAAUUGUAAUUAAAAUGUAAUCAGGGUCAAUUAAACUGGUUAAAAGCCA